AUGCAAUCAACAUCGUUGCCAUCCUCACAGCACGAACUCGUGAGAUCGGAAUCCAUUUCUUCGGUACAAUCCUCUCAAGAGAGUUUAUUGUCCCAUACAACCACUACAACCGCAACGGUUCAGACACCUCCUUCACAUCAGACGUUCAUUCCGUUCUUUCAAAAUCAUCAUCAUCAACAACAAUAUCUGAAUAAUCACUCACCCUUCAUCAAUACAAGUCCCUCCAAUGAUUCCAUAAGUAUUACCAUUGAAACACUUGAAGAAGGAGAUCAGGAUAAUCAUUCCGGACAGUAUGGUAUACCACAAACAACAACAAUGAGCCAUAAAACAUCAUCAAACAGCCAACCUCAUACUCGACGUUUGGAUAAACCCUCACAACCUCAAGAAGAAUCAGGCUUGUUUGCAUCGUUUGUGGAUUCAUUAAUCGAAUAUUUUGAAGAUUGGUUAGAAGAACCUGUUCGUGGAGAUAAGAUGGAACAAGUGGCAGAAGCAAAAACGCAAUUGAAUGGAUUGUAUUAA